AUGCCUGAACCGACUUCGGUACUAGAGCAGAAGAAGGUAGUAGCGCUGCCCAGUCCAGCCUUGCCGAGUGCCGCGCUGCCCAGUCCAGCCCUGCCGAGUGCAGCGCUCCCCAGUCCAGCGCUGCCUAGCUCAGCACUGCCAGAUAUAGUCCCGCAGAUGUCAGCCUUGCCGAAUCCAACCUUGCAGACUCCAGCUAUGAAAAACCCAUCUCUGCAGAUUUCAGCCUUGCAAAAUCCAGCUAUGGAAAGUCCAGCUCUGCAGAAUCCAGCUCUGCAGAGCCCAGCCCUGCCGAAACCAGCUAUGCAGAAUUCAGCUAUGCAACCUUCAGCACUGCAGAUUCCAGCACUGCAGAAUCUAACACUUCAGAAUCCAGCUAUGCCAAGUCUAGCUCUGCAGCAUCCUGCCAUGCGUAGUUCAGCUAUGCAGAAUACGGCCCCGCAGAGUGCAGCCGUGCCAAGUGCAGCAUUGCAAUGGUCAGUCAUGCCAAAUCCAGUUCUGCAAAACUAUGGCAUGAGAAAGGCACCUAAGCUGAUAAGGACGCCGGAGCUAAGAAGAGCACCAGAGCUGAGACGAGCGCCAGAGUUGAUAAGGUGGCCAGAGCUAUCUCUCCACAAGUCCACUACGCCGUAUCGACCACCGAAAGUUGUCCAACGUUCCAGCUCACCUCUGCCACCACCGAUUGUUGAUUUAACCCAACCAUUACCGAAGUAA